GACAAGAAGAUGCGCGUAGUGGCGCUGGUAAGUGGCGGAAAGGACAGCACGUACAACAUGAUGCAGGUGGUGGCCGAGGGUCACGAGGUAGUGGCACUGGCGAACCUACACCCGAAGGAUCGAGACGAGCUGGACAGCUACAUGUACCAAACGGUGGGCCACCAAGGCAUCGAGAAGCUGGCCCAAGCCAUGGAGCUACCACUGUACCGGCAGAUGACCCGGGGUCAUUCCAUCAACACCAAGGGCAACUACGAACCGACCGAAGAUGACGAGGUAGAAGACCUGUACGAGCUGUUGGCCGAGGUGCAGCGAGAACAGCACGUCGAAGCCGUCGCCGUCGGUGCUAUUCUUUCCGACUACCAGCGGGUCCGCGUGGAGAACGUCUGCACCCGGUUGAACCUUAUCUCGCUGGCGUACCUGUGGCGGCGGGACCAGGUCGAGCUGCUGCAGGAAAUGAUCGACAGCCAGGUGCACGCCAUCAUCAUCAAGGUGGCCGCGCUCGGGCUGAUGCCGGACCGGCACCUCGGCAAAUCGCUCAAGGAGAUGCAACCGCACCUGCUGCUGAUGCGGGACAAGUACGGGCUGAACGUGUGCGGCGAGGGUGGCGAGUACGAAACGUUCACGCUCGAUUGUCCGCUGUUCCGGAGCCGCAUCGUGGUGGACGACGUGCAGACCGUGAUCAGCUCGGCCGAUCCGGUCUGCCCGGUCGGUUACCUCAACUUCACCAAGCUGCGGCUCGUGCCAAAGGACCGCAUCGAGCCGGUGGUGAUAAAGAACUCGCUCGAUUUUAUCCACGAUCUGAACGAAUCGAGCUACAGCGACCUGAGCGACCCGGAUCUGAGCGAAACCGAGCUUGAGCUGAUCGAGCGCAGCAGCUGUGGGAUGGCCGUGGCCGUGUCCCGGGGUGCUGUCAUGCGCAAUUCCUUCAGCAAGGACGAUCUCACCGCGGCAACGGUGGCUGUGGCGCUGUCGCGCAGCAACAGCAUUACGAAGGAGCUGACGAUGGGUCUCGGGGGAGCGAUCGAGAGUGGUACAGCGGCCGGGGGGAUGUUCAGCAAAUCCCCCGUCCGCAUCAUCACGAAGGCACGCGCCAGCAUUCCGGAGGCCGAUGGAGCACCUAGCAGCGAUCCUGGCGGUCCAGUUGAGGUUUUGCCGCCGUUCCAGUACGCCCGGGAAAGUCGUCCAUUGAGCAACCAGCCUCGUGCCAUCGUGAACUCGAAGGGCUGGAUGUGGGUGGCCGGAGUGCAGGGUUGCGGAGAAGACUCCCGACAGGCGAUGGCCAGCGCGCUAGCGCAGCUAGAAGAAAUCGUUCAGUCCCGAUCGUUCACGCUCCGGCAAAUCUGCUACAUCACGCUGUACGUGCGUAACAUGGGCGAAUACAGCUUCCUCAAUGAGAUCUACUCCCAGGUGUUCGCAUUCUCCAAUCCACCGACGAGGGUUUGCGUGGAAUGUCCCCUGCCAGCGGACUGUGCCGUCAUCCUGGAGGCAGUAGCAUUCAAUCCCGUCUCCAGCGCUUCCGAGCUGGAGCACAAACGCCAGACGAUGCACGUGCAGGGCAUAUCCCACUGGGCACCGGCCAACAUCGGUACCUACAGCCAGUCAACGAAGGUCGGCCACAUCACGUACAUCUCCGGACAGAUUGCGCUCGUGCCGGGCAGCAUGACGAUCAUUGAGGGUGGAAUCAAGCAGCAGUGCAAGCUAACAUUGCGCCACAUCAGCCGGAUAGCGAAGGCGAUGAACGCGCAGGGUGGCCUGCUGCGGGACGUAGUCCAAGGCAUCUGCUUCGUGACACACCCGGGCUACAUUUACGAGGCCAGACGGCAGUGGGAACGGCGAACUGCGAACGCGAUCAUCGACUACAUCGUGGUGCCAGCAUUACCACGUGGAGCUUUGGUCGAGUGGCAGGUGUGGGCGCACUCGCACAAUGACAAGUUUGACUAUGAAGAAACCGGAUGUUCGAUUGGCGAGUAUUCGAUCUCGAUCCGGCGGCGUUGGAACUACGAGAACAAUUGCGCCUCUAUCGUGUGUUACGUGUCGACGGGAUUAGCCACUUCGACGACUAAGCUGACCGAGCUGACGGACGAUUAUCUGCACCAUCACAACCAGCUGGCGCAACGCGUCACGCGCGAUCAGAUCCACGACACGAUCGCGUACGUUUUGCGCAAGCUUCUGCAGGCUUAUCCGGGGCUGCUCGGGACAAGUCCGACUUCUCCGUCGGCUACCGGCAACGAUGAGGCCAACGAGGAGGAACAGCUGGGUCCCCGAUUCCAUCCCGUGCCCGUGCGGGCUCCCGCACCGGAUCAGGCGAAACCGGCGGUCCAUCUGCGCGUGUUCUACCAGGUCGAUGCCGUACCGUCGGUGCAGUUUCUGCUCGAUGCCCUCGAAAGCUUCCUCGUGUCACCGGCGAAUGUCGCCCGGAUCGCGUACACCGUCAUACCGGCCUGCCAUCUGCAGAACUUUAGCACCUUCAUCUCGAUCUGCGGCCUGCGCCAUCACGAGUAGGUCGCUAAAAGAGAAACAAAACAAAAACACCUGGGACUAAAGCUUUUCUUCGUUUUAAAUAGAUAGGGAAGAAGGAAUAGUGGAGGGAAACACAUUGUGAAUCGAAAGACAACAGAGUAGAACAAUAGAGCUGCGAGUAGCUACGUGUGUUUGUAUGUGCGCGUGCGUGUGUCUGUUUGUGCGCGUUUGUACGUGUGUUUGUGCGUGUGUUCGUGUAUAGGUGUAUCUGCGACCGAUAAAGGUGGUAAGGAGGAUGGGGGAUGUGGUGGGGCGGGAUCGGUAGAGAUCCCACCCGGCCGGUAGAUGUUGUUAAAGAAGG